AGUGGUGGCCAGCGUUCCACUUAGCGCUGUACUUCUUGCUGAUUCUGCGGAUAAAAAACAAUAGUAAAACAAGGAAGACUGCAAGCGAGGACAGCCGACUCGGUUUGUUCUGUGUGGCGCUGACGGCACAAGCAGUUGCAACCCAGGCUACUCCAACUACACUUUUGUCGCUGCUGAUCGUGCAGCUCGCAGCACGCGUCGGCGCUUUGUUGCUCGUUGUCUCGCUCGCUUCCCGCCUCUCCCUUCAUGCUGCGGUGGACACGUCGAACGCUCACGGCGGCGGCGGUCGCAGGCCUGGAGAUGGUCGCCGCUGGCGAUGCAGCGAAGCAAGAGGCUUCCCUGCGCAGCCUCCUGCAGCGACACGACGAGGGCGUUGCGCGCAACACCAAACGCACCAUCACCGUCACCAACACCUACGACACGACGGCGGCCCUCUUCUUCGACCACUACAAGUUAGCCGUGCUGCCGUCUGUGAGUGGCGGUGCGGCCCGUCAGCCGCUGCGUGCGCAGCUUCUCGAAAGUGGUGCCGUCGCGGGUGUGCAGCGGUGCGUUGUUGCGCCAUGGCUCCGUGAGGGGGAGCGCCGGGUGGCGGUCUUCGGCUGCCGAAGUGUGCACUACCUGCGCCGGCAGCUGCGCACGGACACAGCGCACGCCUACCUCGUUGUCGACUCCUCGCUGAGGGACCUCACGGAGGCAGCGGCGGCGCUGACGCCGGAAUUCGGGCACCGCGUGUACUUCCUGCGCUGCGAGUCGAUGUUUGCGUGCUUGGCGGUGCUGCAGCCGGAGACGGUGGACGUGGCGCUGGUGCCGAUGCCGGUGCCUUUCUGGUCCAGACAGGGCAGCCACCGACGCCUUGUUCACUUUGACUUCUACUGCGCGGUACACCGCGCCUUGCGUGUGCGGGAGGCCUCGACGGACCCGCGCGGCGUUGUUCUCUUCACGGACUGCGAGCCGUACGCCGCCUUUAUGAUGGAGCACCUGGAGGAGGCGAGGCUCAUCGUGCCCUACACCCGCAAAAACCCACAGGAUAUCUUUCGCCGGUGGCUCCCGUGCGAUGCGGUGGUGACGCUGGAGGGCAAAGGCGACCGCCGACGGCGGGAGUUUCCGCAGCAGCGGGAGAGUGCGGUGGUGGCUCUCGCCGCCGCCAAGAGCGGGCCCACCACCGCAGAGGCGUGUCAGCUGUUGUCUGCUUACGACUACGCCCGAAAGCACUACCGUGACCUCGCCACCGAGGGAGCAGCGUCGUGA